UCUCUCCUGUCUUUUCUCUCCUCCUGGCUUCCGUCAGCACUUUUCUAUGAAUACCCUGCUUCAGUGAACCUGCACAACUGCAUGACUUGAUCUAACGUGAAGGCUGAAGGGGGGCUAUUAUAAGUAUAAUCGCGAACAUACAAAAAAAAAACAGAGAACCUACGGCUUCUUCUUUGUCCCAGUCAGAAAUCUUUCCGUAAAUUGCAACAGACAAAAAAAAAAAGAAGAAGAUUUCGUCGCAGGACUCGAUAGGUCUGCGCUCCCUGCCUCCCUUCGCAUCUCCCUCCCUCUCACUACCUUACUCUCUUGCAGAGAAAGGGCACUUUGGAGAAGCACUAGGUCACCCCUGCUAGUCUAUCGGACUUUGCUUACUGUGGAGUCGCAAGCAACUAUACCCCGAAGUGUCUGGGCGAAACCAUUCCUUCCAUCUUAAGACCGCACAAGUCAGGGAGCGAAGACGCCACGCUGGGAAAAGCCGUUGCAUCCGUUUCUAAUUUUGUUGACAGAGCGUCGGGACCUAUUAAGUCUAAAAUAUGAAUUGGAAACCGUGAUUCUUUCAUUCGGCGCCUCGUUCCUCCUUCUCCAUCCAGGAUAACAGGGCUCUUCCCUCUUGUACAGAAGCGGCUGUGCACUAACCCUAGAACUGGUUGCGGACAGUAACAGGAGGAAAGAUGCUGUGGAAUCUGAACAAUUCGCGUGUGUUCUGUGGCUUCUCAUUUCUGCUGUGGAUAACACUUAGCAUGACAGUCGUUAGUGUGGUUGAGUCCCACCAGGGUAUUCCUCUCUCUGUUGUGAAGUUAUGGGCCUCUGCAUUCGGAGGUGAAAUCAAGUCCAUUUCAGCUAAGUACUCAGGUUCACAGUUGCUUCAAAAGAAAUAUAAGGAGCAUGAAAAAUCGGUCCAAGUGGAAGAAAUUGAUGGUCUCCAUCUUGUCAAAAAGUUGGCUCAGAAUAUGGAAGAAAUGUUCCACAAAAAAGCUGAAGCAAUGAGGCGCCUUGUAGAAGCUGCUGAAGAGGCUCACUUGAAGCAUGAGGAGGACCCAGACUUGCAGUAUGAUUACUUCAAUGCUGUAUUAAUAAACGAAGUAGAUGAAGAAGGCAAUAAUGUGGAGCUUGGGAAGGAAUUCAUUUUGGAGCCAAAUGACCAUUUUAAUAAUUUGUCAGUCAACCUUAGCCUCAGUGUUGUUCAAGUUCCAACCAACAUGUACAAUAAAGAUUCUGCCAUAGUGAAUGGGGUGUACUGGUCUGAAGCAUUAAAUAAAGUAUUUGUAGACAACUUUGAACGUGACCCAUCUUUAAUAUGGCAAUACUUUGGGAGUGCAAAGGGAUUCUUCAGGCAGUAUCCAGGUAUAAAAUGGAACCCAGAUGAGCAUGGGGUUAUUGCUUUUGACUGCAGGAAUCGAAAAUGGUACAUUCAGGCAGCCACCUCACCAAAGGAUGUGGUAAUUCUGGUUGACGUUAGUGGCAGUAUGAAAGGACUACGAUUAACAAUAGCCCGUCAAACUGUUUCCUCAAUUUUGGACACACUUGGAGAUGAUGAUUUUUUCAAUAUAAUUGCAUACAACGAGGAACUUCAUUACGUUGAGCCGUGUCUAAAUGGAACACUGGUCCAAGCUGACAUAACCAAUAAAGAUCAUUUUCGAGAACAUCUCGACAAACUGUUUGCAAAAGGGAUUGGAAUGCUAGAUAUUGCAUUGACUGAAGCCUUUACACUUCUUAGUGAGUUCAAUCACACUGGUCGAGGAAGCAUUUGCAGUCAAGCUAUUAUGUUGGUCACAGACGGAGCUGUGGACACAUAUGAUGCUGUUUUUGCCAAAUACAACUGGCCUGACAGGAAGGUCCGCAUCUUCCCCUACUUAAUUGGACGAGAAUCUGCCUUUGCUGAUAAUCUUAAAUGGAUGGCUUGUGCCAAUAAAGGUUAUUUUACUCAGAUCUCCACCCUAGCAGACGUUCAAGAGAAUGUGAUGGAGUAUCUUCAUGUUCUAAGCAGACCCAAGGUUAUUGACCAGGAGCAUGACACUGUUUGGACAGAAGCAUACAUUGACAGCACACUUCCCCAGGCCCAACAGCUGGGAGAAAAUCAAGGUCCGGUUUUGAUGACGACCGUAGCUAUGCCUGUAUUUAGCACAAAAAAUGAGACUAGAAAUAGAGGAAUUCUUCUAGGUGUGGUGGGAACAGAUGUCCCAGUCCAAGAAUUGAUGAAGACAAUUCCAAAAUAUAAGCUCGGUAUUCAUGGAUAUGCCUUCGCAAUCACAAACAAUGGAUAUAUUCUGACUCAUCCAGACCUCCGGCCUCUGUAUGAAGAAGGAAAAAAGCGAAGGAAGCCCAACUACAGCAGUGUUGAUCUAUCGGAAGUGGAGUGGGAAGAUAAAGAUGAUGUUCUGCGCAAUGCCAUGGUCAACAGGAAGACUGGCAAGUUCUCCAUGGAAGUUAAAAAGACCGUGGACAAAGGGAAACGGGUCCUUGUAAUGACAAAUGACUACUACUACACAGAUAUCAAGGGCACUCCCUUCAGUCUAGGAGUGGCUUUGUCGAGAGGACAUGGAAAGUACUUUUUCAGAGGAAAUGUUUCUGUUGAAGAAGGGUUACAUGACCUGGAACACCCAGAUGUGGCCCUGGCUGAUGAAUGGACUUACUGCAACACUGACCUCCACCCUGAACAUCGCUAUCUGACCCAGAUAGAAGCCAUUAAACUCUACCUCACUGGACGUGAGCCCUUACUGCAGUGUGACAAGGAACUAAUCCAGGAAGUGCUUUUUGAUGCUGUGGUGACAGCGCCCUUAGAAGCAUAUUGGACAAGUCUUGCGUUAAACAAAUCAGAAAAUUCAGACAAAGGUGUGGAGAUCGCAUACCUGGGAACACGUACUGGUCUGUCAAGAAUAAACCUGUUUGUGGUCCCAGAACAACUUACAAAUAAAGACUUCCUGACAGCCGAAGACAAGGAAGGUGUGUUUAAUGCAGAUCACUUCCCACUGUGGUACAAGAGAGCCGCUGAGCAGGUCCCUGGGACCUUUGUUUACUCUCUCCCAUUCAGUGCAGGGACUGAGAACAAAAGUGUGGUGUUAGCUAGCACAGCCAUUCAGCUGUUGGAUGACAGGAAGUCUCCCAUGGCUGCUGCUGUAGGUAUCCAGAUGAAGCUGGAAUUCUUCCAAAGAAAGUUCUGGACUGCUAGCCGACAGUGUGCUGCCCUUGAUGGGAAGUGUUCAAUAAGCUGUGACAAUGAAAAUAUCAACUGUUACCUCAUUGACAACAAUGGUUUUAUUUUGGUUUCAGAAGAUUACUCCCAGACGGGGACCUUCUUUGGUGAAGUGGAAGGAGCCGUGAUGAACAAAUUGUUAAUAAUGGGCUCAUUUAAAAGGGUUACGCUUUACGACUAUCAAGCCAUCUGUAAAAUCUUCGCUGAAAGCAGCGACAGUUCAAACAGUUUAUUAGACCCUUAUUUUGCCUUCUUUGGUGUUAUUAAAUGGAUCAUGACCGAAAUUAUCAUAUUUUUGGUGGAGUUCAAUAUGUAUGGCUGGUGGAAUGUAGACCUCACAGCCAAAGCACAAAGAGGGAAACCCAUGCUGGUACCCUGUGACACUGAAUACCCUGCUUUCGUCUCUGAACGCACCAUCAAGGAGACCACGGGCAACAUUGAUUGCGAGGGAUGCAUCAAAUCAUUUGUGAUUCAGCAGAUUCCCAGCAGCAAUUUAUUUAUGGUUGUGGUCGAUAACAAGUGCGAUUGCAAAUCUGCCCCACCAAUUACCAUGGAACCCAUAGAAAUUAUGUACAAUGAAUCUCUGAAGUGUGAACGCUUGAAACUGCAGAAAGACAGAAGACGGCCAGACUCGUGCCACCCUUUCCACCCCGAGGAGAAUGCGAGGGAAUGUGGAGGAGCUUUUGGCCUGAGGUCCCAGCUCGCCGUUGUUUUGCUCUUACUUCUCUUCACCCACCUCGCCAGGUGACCAGGACCAGGGCCGUCUCAUGUGUGGCAUGCUGAACCCUCAUGGAGGGAAUCAUGAACUGAGUUUCCCAUGCGGCAGACGAGAAUUUUACUUUAGUUGAAACCAUCAGCAUUUCAUCGGACAUUCAUGAACCUAAACUGUGGUUGGAGUAAUGCUAAGCUUUGUGAAGACGAGUUUUCCAACAAAAAUAAAACGUUAAAUAAUUUAAAUAAAAACGGAAAAAUAGUAUCUUUAUAAUUUGCAAAGUGAUAACCAUAAACUGUGACCUGGGGAUGUAAGUCCACAGACAUGAUUGGUGAUUAUUUUGAGCUUUGCCUUAUCUGAAACAAUCCGAUCCUGUUUGUGUACUUUUUAAAUAAAAGAUCUUUAAAAUAA